AUGUCCAUAUCCUUCAUUAUGCUCGGGCUUGCGCUUGUUUGUUUGACGGCAGAGGCCUCGAGGGUUACUGUCUCAUCUCAUAGUGACCUAAGCAGGUAUGUGCAGGACUUAGAGCCACAUACUCCUAUAGAAGAGGGCGUCCAGGUAGCCAGUGCUGCUCUAGAUGGUGUCUUUCUUGUGCAUUGGCGUGUUGUGCAGUUGUAG